AUGGAAUUCAAUCCAUCAGAUCAUCCACGAGCCAGUACGAUAUUUCUCAGUAAAUCACAAACAGAUGUGAGAGAAAAACGCAAGAGUCUCUAUAUAAACCACGUAAUUAACAUUUCCCAGAAUAAAAGCUAUAAAUCACCAUUGAGAAGGAAGUACAGCUCCUGCUCCACUAUUUUCCUGGAUGACAGCACAGUCAGUCAACCAAACCUCAAGUAUACCAUCAAAUGUGUAGCUCUUGCAAUAUAUUACCACAUCAAAAACAGGGAUACAGAUGGAAGAAUGCUCUUAGAUAUUUUUGAUGAAAACCUUCAUCCCCUUUCGAAAUCCGAAGUGCCACCAGACUAUGACAAACAUGACCCGGAGCAGAAACAGAUUUACCGCUUUGUUCGGACGUUGUUUAGUGCUGCUCAACUGACUGCUGAAUGUGCCAUUGUCACCCUGGUAUACCUUGAAAGACUUUUAACUUAUGCAGAGAUAGAUAUUUGUCCAGCAAACUGGAAGCGAAUUGUACUGGGUGCAAUUCUACUGGCAUCCAAAGUUUGGGAUGACCAGGCAGUGUGGAACGUCGAUUACUGCCAGAUCCUGAAAGAUAUCACAGUUGAAGACAUGAAUGAGCUGGAACGCCAGUUUCUUGAGCUGUUGCAGUUCAAUAUUAAUGUUCCCUCCAGUGUUUAUGCCAAGUAUUAUUUUGAUUUGCGUUCCCUGGCAGAAGCAAAUAACCUGAGUUUUCCUUUGGAGCCCCUCAGCAGAGACAGGGCGUAUAAACUUGAGGCCAUUUCCCGCUUGUGUGAAGAUAAAUACAAGGACUUCAGGAAAGCCGCAAAGAAACGGUCAGUCAGUGCUGACAAUCUGACUGUGGUUAGAUGGUCCCCUGCUAUUAUCUCCUAACAGAGGAGACUGGGAUAUUCCAAUGGACGUACUGUUUCAUCCAUCCAUUUUUUUUCGGGGUGGGCUGGGG